AUUCCCGCCAGUCAGUUAUUUUCUACUCGCGAGGGGAGACGCCACGCUUUCGCUCUCCCAUCUAUCGUGCUCUACGCCGACAACGCGUUUUUUUCACCGCGGUUGAACACCACAUGUUUCUCUGUUCCUCCUCGAUUUAUAGUCGUUAACUGUGUGUCGUGGCUGUGAAUGUUAACUCUCUCAUCACACGCAUUAAAUCAUUUCUUCAGUUUCAUUGUUUAUAUCCUUUCCAGGUGAGGUGAUUUUUGAAAGUCAUGAUGCUGUUUCCGUGCCAGCGCCAUCAUGGAAAUUCCCGCCAAGCGAGUGCCGUCAGCGAGUCCUGAUCAUUUUGGGUGCGAAAUCGGUGGAGCCCCCAGUGCCGAGUUGCCAGCCCGAAGCGCGGGUCGUGGCUCGAAUGUGAAGUGCGGGCGAUCGCGUUAAUGCCGAUGCACGCGUCCGCGAAGUGAAGAAGUCAAGUGCCAAGUGUCAUGUCCGUCCAAAUGUCCCUCGGCAGCGACUGAGUCUCCGUUUUCUUCGCGUUGUGAACCACCCCGAGUGUCGGCACCAUGUCAGCCACGAGCUACGACGUCGGGGCCGCCUCCGAGAAGAUGGGAGUCGAGCUCCGCAGCAUGGGCAACAACAAGCAAACGCGCUUCCAGGUGAACCGUGUGGGUGACGACGGGGACGGCGGGGGGGCGGACGAGGUGGAGCACGAGGAGCAUGAUCACCUGAUGGACUACGAGCAGGAGGGCGGCUACGCCAAGAGCUUCCGGCACCUCACCCGCGAGGCCCUCCCCCGGAUGGACAACUACCGCAACAUCAUGUCCAUCCAGGCCGCCUACCGCCCCACCCUCGACGAGCUCCACAAUCAGACCCUCCAUCACAAGAAUGCCCUGAAUAUCACGAUGAACGGUUUGCAUCCGAGUAUGAGCGAAGGCGUCGUGAAAUUUGGAUGGAUCAAGGGCGUUUUCAUCCGGAACUUACUCAACAUUUGGGGCGUCAUGCUCUUCCUCCGGUUAUCAUGGGUCGUCGCGCAAGCCGGAAUUUUCAUGGGGUGUGUUUUAAUUUUAUCAACAACCGUGGUCACGUUGAUCACUGCUCUCUCCAUGUCUGCAAUUAGCACGAAUGGAUUAAUAAAAGGAGGAGGCACCUAUUUCAUGAUAUCAAGAUCGCUAGGUCCUGAGUUCGGGGCUUCAAUUGGUCUGAUAUUUUCAUUGGCCAAUGCCGUGGCUUGCGCCAUGUACACAGUAGGUUUUUGCGAGUCCGUCCAAGAUGCAAUGGGACAUUGGGGUUUGACCAUUGUGGACGGUGGCAUCACGGAUAUGAGGAUAAUCGGUUCCAUCACCAUCAUGCUUCUCCUAGGAAUCGUCGUCAUUGGAAUGGAGUGGGAGGCCAAAACGCAACUUGGGCUUCUUGUGAUUUUAGUUCUGGCAAUUGCUGAUUUUUUCAUUGGUGCAAUAAUGGGGCCCCAAUCUGAUGACGAUAUUGCCAAGGGUUUCCUUGGUUUCAAUGCCACUUUAGUCAAGCAAAAUAUGCAGCCAGAUUACAGACCGCUUAAUGGUGAACCACAAGAUUUUUUCUCUGUUUUUGCAAUAUUUUUUCCUGCUGCAUCAGGAUUUCUAGCGGGUGCUAACAUAUCUGGUGAUCUUCGAGACCCACAAAAAGCAAUUCCAAAAGGGACAAUUCUAGCCAUUAUUGUGACAACAGCGUCCUAUAUUUUAAUGGCUAUAAUUGUGGGCAUGAUAGUAGCAAGGGAUGCAACUGGUGUUGUUGGCUACCUAGCUGAUGAAACAUUCCUAGACUGCUACGGUAACUGCAAGUAUGGGCUGCACAACAACUUUCAAGUAAUGGAGCUGGUCUCCGCUUUUGGACCAUUGGUUUAUGCUGGUUGUUUUGCAGCAACAUUAUCUUCAGCCCUUGCAAGUUUGGUCUCGGCUCCGAAAGUAUUCCAGGCUCUUUGCAAUGAUAAUCUAUAUCCUUACAUCUCCUGGUUUGGAAGAGGCUAUGGCAAAAAUAACGAGCCAGUUCGUGGAUACAUUCUGACUUUUUUCAUUGCAAUUGCCUUCAUUCUAGUCGGUGAAUUAAAUGCCAUUGCACCUUUGAUUUCUAAUUUCUUCCUAGCGGCUUAUGCUUUAAUCAAUUUUAGUACAUUCCAUGCUUCUUUAGCGAAGCCUGUUGGAUGGCGGCCAACAUUUAAAUAUUACAAUAUGUGGUUGAGUCUAAUCGGUGCUAUUUUAUGCGUAACGGUGAUGUUCCUCAUUAGCUGGGCUACUGCUCUCAUCACAUUCGCUCUAAAUUUUGCUUUGUAUCUCAUUGUUGCCUACAGGAAACCAGAUGUUAAUUGGGGUUCCAGCACACAAGCUCAAACGUACAAAAGUGCCUUAUCUGCUGUGCAACAGUUGAGUCGUGUAGAGGAUCAUGUCAAAAACUAUCGUCCCCAAAUUCUCUUGCUGACAGGUUUACCCUUCUCCCGUCCUCCUUUAGUAGACUUUGCCAAUCUUAUAACAAAGAACUUGUCAUUACUUAUCUGUGGACAUAUUCAUGACCAACACUUGGCCCAACGCACCCGUAGCAUCUUGACAUCUAAAGCAAUCAACUGGUUCAAUAUUCACCGUAUCAAAGCAUUCUACAUCCCUGUUGAUGAUAUGGACUUUGAAACUGGGGCAAAGUCUUUGAUGCAGGCUUCAGGUCUUGGAAAACUAAAGCCAAACAUUCUUAUGGCAGGAUAUAAAGCUGACUGGAAGAAAUGUAAGAAAGAGGAUGCCAUCAUGUACUUUAAUGCACUUCAUAAGGCACUGGAUAAUUAUAUGGGUGUCUGCCUGCUACGAGUCAAGAGGGGCUUAGAUUAUUCAAGCAUCGUGUCAGAAGAGGCGAUCAAUGAAAUUUCUGCGAACGGGGGAACAGCCAGCGUGAUUCAAACACGACAAAAUUCUCCAGAGUCACUGCGCCGAAACGAUCAAUCAUUUUCACAAGUAUCUCACAUUGUUUCAGACAGCAGUGAAUCUGAAGAAACUCCGCCGUCUUCUCCUAGAGGAAGUAAAACACCGCGUGUCAGCAAUACUCCUAAUCCAGAUCCAGAGAAUCCAGAGAAAUCAGUCAAAAUUAACAUGCAACCAAAAAGACAAAAAACCAAUUCUGUUUCCAUAACCUAUAAGGAUCAUGAAGGUGCUGAAUUACCAAAAGAAAUACUUAAUGAGUUGACACUUUUCCAAAGGAAACAGAAGAAGGGUACUAUUGAUGUUUGGUGGUUAUACGAUGACGGAGGACUGACAUUGCUUCUUCCAUACAUCAUUAGCACUCGACAACAUUGGUCAUCCUGCAAACUCCGUGUCUUCGCACUCGCUAACAAGAAAGACGAAUUGGAAUUCGAGCAACGGAAUAUGGCGAGUUUAUUAGCAAAAUUUCGAAUUGAUUAUUCCGAUCUGAAGAUGAUACCCAACAUAAUUAAAAAGCCUCAAGAAGAAACUCAAAACUUCUACAACUCUCUCAUCAAGGACCUAAUUGUAUCAGAUGAAUGCAAUCAGGAAAAAGAGAACAGACUGACUAUCUCUGAAUCUGAGCUUUUGGCUAUGAAAGACAAGACAACGAGGCAUUUACGGUUAAGAGAACUUCUGCUAGAGCAAUCAAUGGAAUCAAAUCUUAUCGUAAUGACCCUGCCUAUGCCGAGGAAAAAUAUUGUCUCAGCUGCUUUAUACUUAUCUUGGUUGGAAACUUUGACUAGCGGUAUGCCACCUUUCUUGCUGGUUCGUGGAAAUCAAACCUCCGUACUGACCUUCUACUCUUAGAAACAGAGAUGCCCUCCUUUGAUUUAGAUCUACCUUCAUGUUUUUUUAUAAAAAUUUGCAUUUUAAUUGUACUCAGUAUAAAUGUUUCUCUGAGAACGAGAAGCUAUUCAUUUGGUGACCUAAGAAUUUAAAGAGUAAGAAUAAUGUGAUGGCAUAUGCCAUUUGAUUGAUAUGUAUUUUUAAGUAUUUUACUAAUUUAUUUUUGUCAAGUGAUAUUAUUUUUUCAUUGAUUUUUACCUCCCAUACUUUACUGUCGAUUGUUGUAUCCAGAGUGAAACCCUAAGAAAAUAAUUUUUUGACAACUGAAUGUCAAUUGAUGGAGAUGUUCUGCUUUGCCUGUAUACUUUUUGAUGUUCCGAUAACUCUUCACUCACUGAAUUUCUCAAAAAAGUUCAAUGUAAUCCGUGUGAAAGAGAAAACGUUUCUGGUUCUCAUACUUAUGAAUGUACUUAUACCCUAGCAAGUCAAAGGCAUCAAACAUGCUUUCAUUCAUUGUAAUUGCGUCCUCUUUCAUUACUGCAACUGAUCAAUGUAAUACUUUCACGUCUAUGCCUGUAAAUUAAAACUCAGCAGCUCCAAAAUCUGCAUAAAAAAA